AUUAUAUAUGUCCUUUUGCUUCUAAAUCAGGCUACCCGGCAGUUUCUUAGAUGUCUUAUAACUAUAUACAUUUAGAUCAUGUUUGCCAUAAAUACUGCAAUCUUAUUGGCUAUAGGAAGUGUUCUAUCCAACUUAGAAAAUCAUGUACUUGCUUAGAAAAUCAUGUACCGUAUUUACUUGAUUAAACACCCGGGCGUUUAUUUCCUAGCAGCAUCUGUAGAUGGGCGCUUAUUCGAAAUGGGCGUUUAUUGUUUUGUCUACUUCAAACUCUUGCUCAUCAGCAGUUAUUAUGCUCUUUUGGCUGCUACAGGAUAAUGUAGGAUAAUGAAUCAUAAUUCAAUUUAUUUGCUAAACCACACCUAAAACGUCAUAUCCGGCCGUAAUACACGUAUAAAAUUACAUUGAAAACCUUGUUUGGGACAGCCAGCACUGGCCGGUAACCGGAAUAGUGAGUGGCCGUACUUCAGGGUGAGUUUUGUGCAGUAAACAUAUAGCUAGCAUUCCGUGCCAAGCCAAAUGGCCAGUAUAUCUAGGUGGCCGUACUUCAGGGAGCCGGAAUAGCGAGAGUCUACUGUAUAUAGAAGGGAGAACAGAAGAAUAGUGUUGUUGUGCUAGAAUAAUGUUAUAGACCAACUUUAGAGGACUCAUAACUGCUACCAUAUAUUAUAGGAAGUAAUAACACAUGUUGCUGUAGAAUACAGUGCUAUUGCUCAUCACUGGAUGAAGUAAGAGGAACAGAAAUAUGCUGUACAUUCGUGUUAUAGAUUUUAUUCUGUUUGUACAAUAUCCUGGGAAAAAUGUAUACACAGACACAUAUCAAUCUCACCUCUCGUAUCUGGAAACCAACAUGAGUUUACUGCGAUCCUUUCUCUCCUGCAAGAAGGAUGGGCACACACCACGCCCCAUCUUUGUGGGCACUUUCUUCGACGAAAUCAAAGAUCAAGAAGUUAUUGACGAGAAAAACCAAGCUUUGCUUGAUGCUUUGCCUCUUGAACUGAAACAAGAAGUCAUCUACAGCAAUCUGCCAUUGAAACAUGUGAUAUUUGCCGUCAAUGCUUGCAGUCGUGACAAAAAUGCACAAGAGGUUGCCAAAGAAAUUCGAAAAGCAGUGGAAAACUCACCUACUUUCGACCUCAAAGUUCCCCUGUGGUGGUUCAUCUUGGAAUUAGCUCUACAAAAGCUCUGCGAUAUCAUGAAAAGAGGUAUACUUAGUAAGAGUGAGUGCAUCGCUUUGGCUCAACAGCUUGGAUUUGAUCCAUCUGCAUUGGAUGCUGCGCUCGAUUACUUCAAUGACAUGUGCAUUGUCCACUACUACCCACACAUCCUGCCCGACACUGUGUUUGUGGAUCCUCAAGUCCCACUAGACAAGGUCAGUGAGCUCACUGAAUAUGCUGUCUCCCUGAGGGAUGUUACAUGCCCUCAUUCUACUUCUGCCAAGGCUGCGAAAUGGCUAAAGUUCAGUGAUCGAGGCAUUGUCACUAUUGAUAUGCUCGAAUCGAAAGAGUUCCAGAAGCAUUACGAAGAUGGCAUCUUCACACCUGCCGAUAUGAUAGCAAUCAUGAUGGAGCUUCUGAUAAUAGCCCCUAUCACCAUCCCACUACUUGGUCAAAUUGAUUGCUCCUUCUCUCAAGUGGAGUUUCUCAUGCCCAGUCUCCUCAGAUCUGUUCCACCCUCUGAGUUAGAGCACCAUCGUGUAUUCACUUCCUCAGCUGAUCCUCUUCUGAUCCGAUUCGUCAGUGGCUGUAUUCGAUGUGGGGUCUUCUGUUGUUUGGUGGUGUUCCUAAUGAAGAAGUGUGGGUGGCAAGUGUGUCUUCCUUCUGGAGAGCCAGUUCUUCUUGCCAGGAACUGUGUCAAAUUUCGACUGCCUAAAGAACCUGGUUCAGUCACUCUCAUUGAUUCGUUCUCUUGUAUUGAAGUCCAUGUCAAAGCCCGACCACGUGUGCUUCCGAACGUGUGUCCUCUAGUUAGAUCCAGUGUCCUUGAAGGUGUAGAUGCUGCUUCUGAUGCACUUCACUACAACAACGACAAGCCAGUCAUUAGCAUCUUCUGCCCACACGAAGGAGCAACACAACAAGGCAAACGCCAUUUUGCUGAUAUGCAUGUAUCGACAAAACUGUGGCGCUGUUCUGAAGAUUUUGAUCUAGAUGGGGAUCUCAAGCCAAGUCACACUGUCUGGUUGAGUACGCCAAUGCAACCAUCGGCCAUUGACUGUACAGAUGUCCAAAUCGACAACAUGGCAAGAAAAGUUGGAAUCUCUAUUCAAGAACUGGACAGGCCGUGCUCCCACGAUCAUCUACUGCCCAUCUCCCAGCACCUGCACAGCUGGUCCACGUAUGCCGACUAUCUUGGACUGACAAGAGUACACUUGGAGAACAUUGAAACCGACAUUCGAUUCACCGUCGCUCACACAAAAGGAUAUCAGAUGCUUCUGAAAUGGCAGGAGAUCAACUGUGGCCGUGGGGAGCCCAAUCGCAAAGACACUUAUCGAUACCUGCUGAGAGGGUGCAUUAAGAUCCACAGCGACUUAGAAGUUGUCAGGGACAUUUGUAGACUCGUUAAAGAACAGCCUGUUUAGUAACUUUAUUAUGCUGCACUAUAAUUAUAAUUGUUGUUUGCACUUUG